AUGUCCACCAACCCGAAGUACGGUCGAGAAGCGCUGCGGGCGCGUUUCGCGGAUGCAGCGAAGAGUGUCACCGAGUUGUACCGCACCGCGGUUGUUUCGUACGAUGCCGGGUACCGCGACGCCCUGUUGUUUGUUCAUCGCUACAUUCUGCUUGACACCCCGGCCGCAAUGACAACCGACGUCGUUUUGCCCCAUAGUGGCCAGCCGCCCGCAAAGACGGCGAGUCCAUUGGCAUCAGCGCGGUCACCGGAAGCAGAACGAUUGCUGCGGUUCAUUCAAAACACGCUCAAGCGCCACGAAGCGGUGUCGGCCGCCUCACGUGGCAUGUCACGCCGGCGGAAGCGCUCCCCGGGCUGGAUCGAGCGGCCGGCGUGUGGUGUGUGCGCGGAUGGGGAGAGCAGUAUCAUGCCGGAUGGCGGUCGUGGCGCGCCGUGUCGCCGGACAAGUUUCUCCGCCCGUGUAUUCGAGGAGUCGGGCGCGGAGGUACACGACAUGCUGAGCAACGUCCGCAUCGCACAUCCUGCGGAGUCCGACUCGGGAAUAUCAGACGAAGAGUUUGCAGCGGAACGGUAA